CGCCUCACCCCGGGCGACCCCGGAAGUGGGUCGGGGGCUUGGCCUCUGCCCGGCCUCGGAGCCGGAGCGGUAGGUGUUACGGUAGAGGGGGUCGAGCUGAGAGAUCUUGUCCGGCGGCGGACCCCGGGCAGGGCCCGGGCCAGGGGUCCAGGAUGCUGAACGUCCCUUCCCAGUCUUUCCCGGCCCCCAGCUCACAGCAGCGCGUCGCCUCCGGGGGGCGUAGCAAGGUGCCUCUAAAACAGGGCAGAAGUCUUAUGGAUUGGAUUCGACUCACUAAAAGUGGAAAGGAUCUAACGGGAUUAAAAGGCAGGUUAAUUGAAGUAACUGAAGAAGAACUUAAAAAGCACAACACAAAAGAUGAUUGUUGGAUAUGCAUAAGAGGGUUUGUUUAUAAUGUCACUCCAUAUAUGGAGUAUCAUCCUGGUGGAGAAGAUGAACUAAUGAGAGCGGCAGGAUCGGAUGGUACUGACCUUUUUGAUCAGGUUCAUCGUUGGGUCAAUUAUGAAUCCAUGCUGAAAGAAUGUCUGGUUGGCAGAAUGGCAGUUAAACCUGCUCUUCCUAAAGACUAUCAUGAAGAAAAGAAAGUCUUAAAUGGCAUGCUUCCCAAGAGCCAAGUGGCAGAUACAUUUGCCAAAGAAGGUUGUAGUUCUCCAAGCUAUGACUGGUUCCAGACAGACUCUUCAGUGACUAUUGUAAUAUAUACUAAGCAGAAGGAUAUUAAUCUAGACUCAGUAAUAGUUGAUCAUCAGGAUGAUUCCUUUAGAGCAGAAAUACUUAUCAAGGAUUAUUCAUAUAUUAUACACGUUGAAUUAAGCCAUGAAAUUGAAGAAGAUUUUUCUGUGCGGGUUGUUGAGAAUGUGGGAAAAAUAGAAAUUGUCCUAAAGAAAAAAGAGAAUGCUUCUUGGAAACGUCUUGGUCACCCCCUCGAGAAUCAUAAUUCUCUUAUUCCAAGGAAAGAUACAGGUUUAUACUACAGAAAGUGCCGGUUAAUUUCCAAGGAAGGCGUUACUCAUGAUACGAAGCUUUUCUGCCUGAUGCUGCCACCAAGCACUCAUCUUCAGGUGCCAGUUGGGCAACAUGUUUACCUCAAGUUAACUAUUACAGGUACUGAAAUUGUGAAGCCGUAUACACCUGUAUCUGAUUCCUUACUCUCAGAGUUCAAGGAACCAGUUCUUCUCAACAAUAAAUACAUCUACUUUUUGAUCAAAAUCUAUCCUGCUGGACUCUUCACACCAGAGCUUGAUCAGCUUCAGAUUGGAGAUUUUGUUUCCGUAAGCAAUCCUGAGGGCAGUUUUAAAAUAUCCCAGUUCCAAGAAUUAGAAGAUCUCUUUUUAUUGGCAGCUGGAACAGGCUUCACACCAAUGGUUAAAAUACUGAAUUAUGCUUUGACUAACAUACCCAGUCUCAGGAAAGUGAAGCUGAUGUUCUUCAAUAAAACAGAGGAUGAUAUAAUUUGGAGAAGCCAGUUGGAGAAAUUAGCAUUUAAAGAUAAAAGAUUUGAUGUUGAAUUUGUUCUCUCAGCACCCACUUCUGAAUGGAAUGGCAAAUGGGGACACAUUUCACCAGCUCUUCUUUCUGAAUUUUUGAAAAGAAGUUCCGACAAAUCCAAAGUCCUCAUCUGCAUUUGUGGACCAACCCCAUUUACAGAACAAGGAAUACGAAUUCCUCAGCUGAUAAAUGAAGAAAGAGUUACAGGAGUAUCACCAACUUCAGUCCUUCAUGAACUAAUGGGUGUAUACGUAGAUCCCCAAUGGUUGUUAGUGUCCAAAAAGAGAGGCAACCAGGUUGCUGCGUGAUAGGAACUUUUCCAAAGAGGAGAUCCAUAGUUUUACAGCAUAAUGAAGAGCUGUCAUCGUCCUUUAUUCAACUGUUUUGUCUAAAUUUGUGAUUACUUAGUAUUUUUUAAGAGAACAUUUUUGUACAUACUAACUAAAAGGUUAACUAGAAUCCAGGUUUCAGUUUCUUCAAUGAAAUCAAAUGUUCCUUCAGUAGAGGCAACUUGUUGACUUUAUUUUGUACCAUAACUUAUUUUGCUAUUGAUAUUUGACCUGGAAUCGACCAUGGCAACAAGUACUUACAGGUGUCUUUUGUGAUGAGUCACAGACUUCCUUACCAUUUAAAGCGUAUCACUGUACUACAGUAAACUCUGGUGUUUUAUGACAUGAUAAAGUAAAUGAUCAUUUUGAUCACAUUUCUAUGCUGUAAAAUGUCUUAUUAGCAAUACAGAUUAAAUUUUACAUUGCACUGUUAACUCAGGAAAUGAUCAUUUAUGUCCUUGUUAUUAACUAUUAAAACAUGGAAUGUUUUAACUUA